AUGGCGCCAUCCGUAGCCAUAGAAUCUGAAGCUGUCAGCCUAGACACAUCGUGGCAGGUACUGGGACCCUUCCCAGCUGGAAUGAGGGAGCUGCCCUUUGGUGGGUUCCCGCCAUCCGUCGAAUCUAGCUAUGCACAGCUACUAGAUCCGAGCAGCGGCGUCCGGGACUUUCCAUCCACCUACGGAUCAAGCAAUGCCACUACAAAGCUGCAAACGUUCGAAGGGCAGGUGCAGAGCACUAGCGCCAACAGGACCAAGCACUCGCUGACCGUGGAGUAUCCCGAUGUCGACUGGGCGUGGGUGCGCAAGAGUGCUGGCUGGUCCUCACUGCAAUGGCAGAUGGUCGCUGCAACUGACCUCAAUAUUGCUCAGAACAGCACAGCGAUCGCGAUAUCAAUGGAUAAGACCGCCGAGUUUGCGAUCGCACCCAAGGCCGACUUCGCUCCGAAUGCAUCAUAUCAAGGCGGAAGCACUGCGGGAGAGGCGAUCGAAUGGCACACGGGCGACUGGUACUCGUACAUCGCUGCUUUUGCUCGAGAAGACGACGACGCAAGUCGGCUGCCGAUCUCACACCACACCUUAUUCCUGGAUCAGGGCUCUUACAAGCUGCUGGUCAGGUCGCAAUACGAGAUCCGAAUCUUUGGUGACCCACGCAACGACGGCGGUGCAGAAAGCCCAAAGAUGACGCUUGGCAUUGACAUUGCUGCGCAAAGCACGGAAGGUGUCGACCGGCAAGAACUCUUGGAGGUCCACACAGAUGCGCAACACAGCAAUGUGCCACAUGUCGUCGGGGGCUGGCUCGCCGGUUGGGGCUUAUCCUUCGGAGUGCGCAAUCUGGACCCAAACGACACUUACGUCUUGCAUAGCAUCGAAGUGGCCAAACACUCAUCGGACAAUGUUCAGCCUCGUUUGACCGCCGACUUAGGAUCCAGACUCCGCAUUGCGCCAGGGCAGACGAUCACGGUCCCGGUCAAGCUGCAACAGACGGCUCCCUUGGACUCAGCCACAAAAGCUUUGAUCUUGAUACUUCGUCUCCGCAGUGCUUCGUCGCCAGCCAGUACCACGAUCGCCAAGAAGGUACAAGUUCCGCUCAUACACAAGCCUGCAUUUUGGAUUGACUUGAGCAGCGACGACGAUCACAAUGCAUACAUGUACAGCUAUCUCGCCGACGACGGAUCUGUCCAGAUGGCAGCAGCCACACCGCCAAAACGAUCGAGCAGGGCAUCAGCUGGGAACGCACCGCUUCCGCCACUGAUCCUCACUCUACACGGAGCAGGAGUAGACGUCCGCGAUCUGUUCUUCAGCAACAGCAUCCGCCGUCAGAAUGAGAGCUGGUCCAUCUUGCCAACCGGACGUACACCGUGGGGCUACGACUGGCAGCUCGCUUCCUUGCAGGCUGCAGAUGCGGCGGUGACAGCUUUCCACAAGCAUCUCUACGGGCUUCCGCCGUCCAUGUCCGAGGAUGAAAGACGGAGGUGGCAGUUUGAUCCAGAAAAGCUUUUUGUGAUGGGCCACUCGAAUGGCGGUCAAGGAGCGUGGUAUCGACUGUCGCGCUUCCCUGAUCGAGUCAUCGGCGGUAUGAUCGGAUCUGCGUACACGAAGGUAUCCGACUACGUCUCAUUCGGAUGGAAAGUUGGACGCCACUUCGAGGAUCCUGCUCUACAAAGCAUUCUGCACAGCGGAGUGACCAUGUUUGAAAACGAUCUGUUCGCCAGCAAUCUGGCUGGACUCGAUCUGCUGAUCAAAUAUGGAUCGGCGGAUGCUAAUGUACCGCCCUGGAACUCGCGGGACAUGGCGAUGGUUGUCAACGGGUGGAAUCGUCGAUCUGGACUCGAGGGCAAAGUCAAAGUCGCAGAGGUUCCUGGGCGCCCGCAUUGGUGGGACACGUUCUUCUCGGAAGACGAUGUGCAGGACGCCAUAGAGGCGGCUUGUUCUGCCGACAAGAAAUCUGGCUACCGAAUGCCAGAAGCGCCGCAGAAUUUUACGCUUACGGUCUUCAACCCUGCGGAAGCUGGUUCGAAAGGCGGAUGGCGCAUCACCGAGGUCGAUAUCCCCGGACGGCUUGCCAAACUCGAAGUGCGCUACACAGCUGGAAGGGUCGAAGCUGGAGCCGAUGUUCAUGACGGCUUCAUCGACGUCAUCGCAAGAAAUGUCAGACGAAUCGAGUUGAAUGCAGGCAUUCUUCGACGGAGCAGCCCUGGUUCCGUCUCCUCGAGCAAACCGACCAAGAUCAGCAUCAAGCUCAACGGCCAGGUGACGCAAGCAGACACCAGCAACGCCGAUCGGAUCAGCUUUGUGCGAUCCAAGCAGGGCGUCUGGAAGGUGCUUACUGGCGACGACAUGACGGCUCUCUCGUCUGCUGCCCGGCCCAUCGGGCCUCAAUUGCGCAUCGUAACGUCGAAAGGACCCAUGGUGCUGAUCGUGCCAUCAAAAGGCCCAGCGGCAGAAAUCGAAGCAUGGAAGCGUGUAGCCCGACGCUUUGCAGCUGAUAUGUUGCUGUACGGGGCCAUCAACUCGCAGAUCUUCACCGACGACGAGUUCCGCGCAUCAACACGAGAAGAACACUUGAAGCACAGCAACAUUGUGACGCUCGGUGGACCCAGUCUCAAUGCUUUCACUCGGACCGUACUGGCCAAUUGGCCGAACGAAAGCCCAAUACGUUUUCCGUCGCCUGACAAGUCAGCACAAUUCGAGAUACAAGGACGUAGCUUCUACGAGGACGGCACGACGUUGCUCACGCUCGCCCCUCAUCCCAGCUAUGAAGAGGGUCUGACGCUGGUGGCUCACGGUAUUGGGCUAGGGGGUAUUUCACGAGCAGCUCGUCUGCUCCCUACGCGCACAGGAACGAUGAUCCCGGAGUGGAUCGUGACGGAUAAGAGUGCGGAAUGGAUGGGCGAAGGCGGCAUCCAAGCUGCUGGUUGGUAUGACAGGAAGUGGGGCUGGUCAGAGAGCAUGUCGCACGUGCAAUGA